AUGGCCAAGGUCCCCAGACUCACGACGACAAGGCCAACGGCGGCGACUGUAGUCGGCAAACGAGCCGAAGCACGCUCAGCCGCAGCCGCAGCCGCAGACGCAGACGCAUCCGCGGUCUCGGGCACGGGUCCGGCCCGCAAUGGGUACUCCCUUCGGCGCUGGUUGGGCCAGAGCGACGCCGACGAUCCUUGGACGCCGCGUGGGGUCUUUGAGACGGGUGGAGGUGGUGAUGGCGGUGGCGAAGUCGCUGGCGUUGCCCCGGCCGUUGCCACCGCCGCCCCUGCGAAGCAUCCGGGAAUGUGUGAUAGAGUCACCAGCAUCCUCUUCACCUUUAUGUAA